ACCGGACCACCAUCUAAAUAUAUUAAAUUAAAUGUCGGUGGCUGCCUUUAUUAUACUACCCUUGCUACACUGAUUAAGCAAGAUAAUAUGCUAAGAGCAAUGUUUAGCGGCCGCAUGGAAGUCCUAACUGAUCCAGAAGGUUGGGUACUUAUCGAUCGAGAUGGUAAACAUUUCGGUAAAAUACUAAAUUAUUUGCGCGAUCGCACUACGAUAUUAACGGAUUCCUAUGAGGAGUGUAAGGAAUUAAUGAUGGAAGCCAAAUACUUCUUGAUUGAAGACUUAGCCAAAGUUUGUGAAGAUACACUCAAGCAUUUAGAGGGAAAAAAUAGGCACUAUAUCCCCAUUUGCCGUGUACCAAUCAUCACUUCUAUUCAGGAAGAGCAAAAAAUCGUUAGUGCUGCCAAUAAGCCUUGCAUCAAGUUACUGUAUAAUCGAUCAAAUAACAAAUACUCCUAUACGAGCUUUUCGGAUGAAAAUUUUCUAAAAAAUAUUGAAAUGUUUGACAAGUUAUCGCUACGAUUUAAUGGUCGAAUAAUUUUUAUGAAAGACGUGAUGGGAAAUAACGAGAUUUGCAGCUGGUCAUUUUACGCUGAUGGGCGUAAGUUAGCCGAAGUAUGCUGCACUUCAAUUGUCUAUACAACCGAGAAAAAGCAAACCAAAGUAGAAUUUCCGGAAGCUAAAAUUUAUGAGGAAACACUAAAUGCGCUAUUGUACGAAAAUCGUGGUAGUGGAACACCCCCGGACGAUACAUUUAUACUAGCGACC